GCCAGCAGGUGGCGUGUAGGAAGUCCAAAUCGCUAUUUAUAUUUUCGUUAUGUUCACCGGUGUUUUUGCGAAGCAAAAAAUUAGGGUGUUUCGAAAAUAAUUUUGAAGUGCUUUUGGUAGAUAGUUUUACUCGAACAGUUAGAAAAUACGAAGUUUUUAGCUUGGUUUAGAAUGUAAGGUUAUAUACCUACGUCUCCAUUUAUAUUCGUAGAUGCCAUUGAAGAAAUUUGCAAAAAAUCAGAAUAACAAAAAGAUUGUAAAAAUGGAUGAUCCCGAGAAUAAAGCAAAGUCGUUUAUUGAAAAGUUCGUUGGAGACAUUAGUAAAUAUUCCGCAACAAAACAAAUUGCUUUGGGAACAACUAGUGGAUGGGUGACUGGGUUUUUGGCUAUGAGAGUCGGCAAAACCGCGGCCCUUGCACUGGGUGGCGGAAUAAUUUUGCUCGAAAUAGCCAAUGAGAAAGGCUACAUUAAAAUUAACUGGGAUAAAGUACAAAAAAAUCUAGACAAAGUUAGCGAUAAAGUUGAGGAAAAAAUGACCGGGCAAGCUCCAGGUUGGAUGGACAAGGUCGAAAGAUAUGUGGAUAAACAAGUUGAUAAAGCAGAAAGCACCUUCAAAAAGAAACAGGGGGAGGCCCGGUCAUGGUAUUCGCGGCUAAUGGGGGACUCCGAAUGCCAGCUUAAGGAGGUUCACAUUUUCUUAGUCUCUUUUGUUGCCGGCAUGGCCAUUGGGAUCGGCACUGCUUGAAUCCACUAUUGUUCUACUCAGUGUGUUAAAUUAUGUAUUAAAACGCUAGGACUGUAAUAACUUAUAACAAUGUAAUGAAAAUACUUCAAGUUAUUAUUCUCAUCUAAGUAGUAAUGUAAGUUGGAAAGGUUGAGCCGAACUAGUUAUAAAAAACAAUAUGUAAUAAUUUUAAACCUGUUAUCAUUAUUUAUUUAGUAGCCAAUAAACCAAACGUAUUUGUAAGUAUUAUUUCAUUCGAUCAACAUUUUUAUACAGGCUAAGAUUCUGUACAAGUUGGGUUGAAAAUUAAAAAUAGGAUAGACAUGA